CAGGCUCCACUGGAAAUGCAGCAAGGAUUCCUAGCACAUCCCAGUUGCCAUAGCAACAGCAGUCUUUCCCAUAAUGAGCUGCAUCAUCUGAACUGAUGUCACAGCAUCAUGCAGCAGGUCAAACAAGGCAUCUCCUAGUAUUGCAUCCUACAGAUGUGCUGUAAACAUCAAAAGAAGACGGUGGGAGCAGGAGAUGCUGUUUUGGAAAGAAGUAAGGUUUAGACUUCUUCAUGUUAACCAUGAGCGUGACACUUUCCCCGCUGAGGUCACAGGACCUGGAUCCCAUGGCCACUGAUGCUUCACCCAUGGCCAUCAACGUGACGCCCACUGUGGAGCAGGGUGAGGGAGAAGAGGCAAUGAAGGACGUAGACUCUGACCAGCAGUACGAAAAGCCACCUCCACUCCACACAGGGGCUGACUGGAAGAUUGUCCUCCAUUUACCUGAAAUUGAGACCUGGCUCCGGAUGACCUCAGAGAGGGUCCGGGACCUAACCUAUUCAGUUCAGCAGGACUCGGACAGCAAGCAUGUGGAUGUACAUCUAGUUCAACUAAAGGACAUUUGUGAAGAUAUUUCUGAUCAUGUUGAGCAAAUCCAUGCCCUUCUCGAAACGGAAUUCUCCCUAAAGCUGCUGUCUUACUCUGUCAAUGUGAUAGUGGAUAUUCACGCAGUGCAGCUCCUUUGGCACCAGCUCCGAGUCUCAGUGCUGGUUCUGCGGGAGCGCAUUCUGCAAGGGCUGCAGGACGCCAAUGGCAACUACACCAGACAGACGGACAUUCUGCAAGCUUUCUCCGAAGAGACAAAGGAGGGCCGACUUGAUUCUCUAACGGAAGUGGAUGACUCAGGACAGUUAACUAUCAAAUGUUCUCAAAAUUAUUUGUCUUUGGAUUGUGGCAUUACUGCAUUCGAACUGUCUGACUACAGUCCAAGUGAGGAUUUGCUCAGUGGCCUGGGUGACAUGACCUCUAGCCAGGUCAAAACCAAACCCUUUGACUCCUGGAGCUACAGUGAGAUGGAAAAGGAGUUUCCGGAGCUUAUCAGAAGUGUUGGGUUACUUACAGUGGCUGCUGACCCCGUCUCUUCCAACUGCAGUGAAGCAGUUAGUGAAGAGGCAUCCCAAGUAUCUCUUUCAGCAGAUGACAAAGGUAGAUGUGAGGAAAACAGUACUUCUGCAGUUGAAGAGCAACCAGGCAUAACACCGGAGAUGUCAUCUUCAGGGGAAGCUCUGACAAAUGCUGUUCAGCCCUCUUCUGAGACUGUGAAGCAAGAAUCCAGUUCCUCUUCCCAUCUUGGUGCAAAGAACCAACAGCCUCUUCCUUGUGAAAAUGCAACCCCCAAGCGAUCCAUCAGAGAUUGCUUUAAUUAUAAUGAGGACUCUCCCACACAGCCCACAUUGCCAAAGAGAGGGCUUUUUCUUAAAGAGGAAACUUUUAAGAAUGAUGUGAAAGGCAGUGAUGGAAGGAAGCAGAUGGUUGAUCUGAAGCCUGAGAUGAGCAGAAGCACUCCUUCACUGGUGGAUCCUCCUGACAGAUCCAAGCUUUGCCUGGUGUUACAGUCUUCCUACCCCAACAGCCCUUCUGCUGCCAGCCAGUCUUAUGAGUGUUUGCACAAGGUGGGGGAUGGGAACCUUGAAAAUACAGUCAGAAUUCAUGUUAAAGAAAUCUCUUCCAGCCUGGGAAGGCUUAACGACUGCCAUAAAGAGAAACCUCAACUUAAAAAGUCACAGAAAACCUCAGAAGAGGUGCCUCCAUGCCGAACACCUAAACGGGGAACUGGUUCAGGCAAGCAAGCUGAAGGCACAAGGAGCUCAGUAGUGCCAAAUGGAAUGCCUUUUUGUACUUCUAAGGCCAUAGAGGGUCCAGAAACAAAUUCUGCUUCUACAUCCUCACUUGAGCCAUGUAAUCAGAGAAGUCAGAAAACCAAAUUGCUAGUGCAGUCAGAAACAUCCAGUUCACCACCUUUUACUCAGAGCAGUGAAUCCUCUACUGGCUCAGACAAGAUCACGUCUCCAGUGCCCCUUCUUUCAAAACACAAAAGCAAAAAAUGUUACUCCUCCUCCCCAAGUCAUGUCACCAGGAAUGGUCAGGUUGUGGAGGCUUGGUAUGGCUCUGAUGAAUACCUAGCUCUGCCCUCUCACCUUAAGCAGACAGAAGUAUUAGCUUUGAAGUUAGAAAACCUAACAAAGCUUCUGCCUCAGAAACCCAGAGGAGAAACCAUUCAGAAUAUUGAUGACUGGGAGCUGUCUGAAAUGAAUUCAGAUUCUGAGAUCUAUCCAACAUACCAUGUCAAGAAGAAACAUACAAGAUUAGGCAGGGUGUCUCCAAGCUCAUCCAGUGACAUAGCCUCUUCGCUGGGGGAGAGCAUUGAAUCUGGGCCCCUGAGUGACAUUCUUUCGGAUGAGGAAUCAUGUAUGCCUCUCUCUGGCAUGAAAAAAUACAUUGAUGAGAAAUCAGAGAGAGCUUCAUCCUCUGAGAAAAACGAUAGCCAUUCCACUACUAAAUCAGCUUUAAUUCAGAAAUUGAUGCAAGAUAUUCAGCACCAGGACAACUACGAAGCCAUAUGGGAAAAAAUAGAGGGAUUUGUAAACAAGCUAGAUGAAUUCAUUCAGUGGUUAAAUGAAGCCAUGGAAACUACUGAGAAUUGGACUCCUCCUAAACCAGAGAUGGAUGGCCUUAAACUGUACCUGGAGACGCACUUGAGUUUUAAGUUGAAUGUAGACAGUCAUUGUGCUCUCAAGGAAGCUGUGGAGGAGGAAGGACAGCAACUUCUCGAGCUUAUUGCAUCUCACAAAGCAGAAGGACUGAAGGACAUGCUGCGGAUGAUUGCAAGUCAAUGGAAGGAGCUGCAGAGGCAAAUCAAACGGCAACACAGCUGGAUUCUCAGGGCUCUGGAUACCAUCAAAGCUGAGAUACUGGCUACUGAUGUGUCUGUGGAGGAUGAGGAAGGGACUGGAAGCCCCAAGGCUGAGGUUCAACUAUGCUACCUGGAAGCACAAAGAGAUGCUGUUGAGCAGAUGUCCCUCAAGCUGUACAGCGAGCAGUACACUAGCAGCAGCAAGAGAAAAGAAGAGUUUGCUGAUAUGUCAAAAGUUCAUUCAGUGGGAAGCAAUGGGCUUCUGGACUUUGAUUCAGAAUAUCAGGAGCUCUGGGAUUGGCUGAUUGACAUGGAGUCCCUCGUGAUGGACAGCCAUGACCUGAUGAUGUCAGAGGAGCAGCAGCAGCAUCUUUACAAGCGAUACAAUGUGGAAAUGUCCAUCAGGCAACUGAAAAAGACGGAGCUGCUUAGUAAGGUUGAAGCUUUGAAGAAAGGUGGCGUUUUACUACCAAAUGAUCUCCUUGAAAAAGUGGAUUCAAUUAAUGAAAAAUGGGAACUGCUUGGGAAAACCCUUGGAGAGAAGAUCCAGGACACAAUGGCAGGGCACAGUGGGUCGGGUCCACGUGACCUGCUCUCUCCUGAAAGCGGAAGCCUGGUAAGGCAGCUGGAGGUCAGGAUCAAAGAACUGAAAGGGUGGCUAAGAGAUACAGAGCUUUUCAUCUUCAAUUCCUGUCUGAGACAAGAAAAGGAAGGAACAAUGAAUGCUGAGAAACAACUGCAAUACUUUAAGAACCUCUGUCGUGAAAUCAAGCAGCGACGUCGAGGAGUGGCCUCAAUUCUGCGAUUAUGCCAGCAUCUUCUGGAUGACCGGGACACCUGCAAUCUGAAUGCAGACCACCAGCCCAUGCAGCUGAUCAUUGUAAAUCUUGAAAGAAGGUGGGAAGCCAUUGUAAUGCAAGCUGUCCAGUGGCAAACACGGCUACAAAAGAAGAUGGGAAAGGAAUCUGAGACUUUGAAUGUGAUUGAUCCUGGCUUGAUGGACCUAAAUGGGAUGACUGAGGAUGCCCUGGAAUGGGAUGAAACGGAUAUAAGUAACAAGUUAAUUAGUUUGAAUGAAGAAUCAAAUGACCUUGAUCAUGAACCCCAGCCUGUCAUGCCUUCCUUGAAACUCGAAGAGACAAGUAGUGAGGACCCUGGUUAUGAAGAGGAGGCAGGUGACCAUGGGGGAUCUCGGUAUGCCUCAAAUAUUACUGUCCCCUCCAGUCCACACAUUUACCAAGUAUACAGCCUCCACAAUGUUGAACUCUAUGAGGAAAACCACAUGCCAUUUCUGAAAAGCAAUCCAAAGUUCACUGGCAUGACACAGCCUAAUGUUUUAACUAAGAGUCUCAGUAAAGACUCUUCAUUUUCAUCUACCAAAUCUCUGCCAGAUAUUCUAGGGGGUUCCAAUUUGGUGAAGCCCUGCUCAUGCCAUGGAGGAGACAUGAGCCAGAAUUCAGGCAGUGAGAGCGGAAUCGUCAGUGAAGGAGACACGGAAACCACUACCAACUCUGAAAUGUGCUUGCUCAAUGCGGUAGAUGGAUCCCCAAGUAACCUUGAAACUGAACAUCUGGACCCACAAAUGGGAGAUGCAGUUAACGUGUUAAAGCAAAAAUUUAAAGAUGAGGAAGAAUGCAUUAAGCUUCCAAAUAGCUCUCAGUCAUCCAUUUCACCAGUGGGUUCUGUAAAUGGAAAAGUUGGAGAUUUAAACAGUGUUACCAAACAUACCCCUGAUUGUUUGGGAGAAGAAUUACAAGGAAAACAUGAUGUGUUUACAUUUUACGAUUACUCAUACCUCCAAGGCUCAAAACUCAAAUUACCAAUGAUAAUGAAACAGUCACAAAGUGAAAAAGCACAUGUGGAGGAUCCCCUGCUUCGUGGUUUUUAUUUUGAUAAAAAAUCCUACAAAUCUAAACAUCAGGCUACAGAGUUACAACCAGAUGCACCUCCCCAUGAAAAGAUUUUGGCAAGUGCAUCCCAUGAAAUGGAUCACACUUCAUAUAAAAGUGGCGAUAUAGAGAAGACAUUAACUGGCAUGCAGAAUGCCAAACAGCUCUCCCUUAUAUCUCGUAGUUCAUCUGUGGAGUCCCUUUCUCCAGGAGGUGAUUUAUUUGGAUUGGGCAUCUUUAAAAAUGGCAGUGACAGCCUCCAGCGAAGCACUUCUUUAGAAAGUUGGUUGACAUCCUAUAAAAGCAAUGAAGAUCUUUUUAGCUGUCACAGCUCUGGGGACAUAAGCGUGAGCAGUGGCUCAGUCGGUGAACUGAGUAAAAGAACAUUAGAUCUACUGAAUCGUUUGGAGAAUAUCCAGAGCCCCUCAGAGCAAAAGAUAAAGCGAAGUGUUUCUGAUAUCACUCUCCAAAGCGGUUCCCAAAAGAUGUCCUUUACUGGCCAGAUGUCAUUGGACAUAGCGUCUUCUAUCAACGAAGACUCAGCAGCAUCUCUCACAGAACUUAGCAGCAGUGAUGAGCUCUCUCUUUGCUCAGAAGAUAUUGUGUUACACAAGAAUAAGAUCCCGGAAUCGAAUGCAUCAUUCAGGAAGCGCCUGACUCGCUCAGUGGCUGAUGAAAGCGAUGUCAAUGUCAGCAUGAUUGUUAACGUCUCCUGUACCUCUGCUUGCACUGAUGAUGAAGAUGACAGCGACCUCCUCUCCAGUUCUACACUCACCUUAACUGAAGAAGAGCUAUGUAUCAAAGAUGAUGAUGAUGACUCCAGUAUUGCAACAGAUGAUGAAAUUUAUGAAGAAUGCAACCUGAUAUCAGGGCUAGACUAUAUAAAGAAUGAAUUGCAGACCUGGAUUAGGCCAAAAUUGUCUUUGACAAGAGAUAAGAAAAGGUGCAGUCUCAGUGAAGAGAUAAAGGGCAGUAAGGAUGUAAGUAGUAAUGAGAUGACCAAUCCCUCUGAUACCCUGAACAUUGAGGCACUUCUAAAUGGCUCCAUAAAAUGUCAAUCUGAAAAUAAUGGAAAUGGUAAGAAUCCCUCCCAUACCCGUGAGUUAGGAACAAAGGGUGAAAAUAAGAAAAAUAUUUUCAAAGUUAAUAAAGAUCCAUAUGUGGCUGACAUGGAAAAUGGCAAUAUUGAAAGUAUUCCAGAAAGGCAAAGGGACAAACUGAAUGUCCCAAAUCCUGGUUCAAAUGUGAAAAAGAUUUCAGAGAGUGAGCAUUGUAAGUGUAAAGCAUUUAUGGAUAGUUCAGAUGAUUCAAAUACUGCUGAAAAGCAAUUUGUUCCCCAAACUGUUCGGUAUCUUCCAAAGAAAUGUCCAAAUUACCAUCAUUUUGAAAAUCAAAGCACUGCUUCUACUCCCACUGAGAAGUCUUGCUCAGAACUGGCUUUAGAAACCAGGGUUAACAACAGACAAGACUCUGAUGUACUGAAAUCUUCAUCUGAUGAUGUACCAAGUAUGACUGAAAAAUCUGCUGCUUGCUGCCUAGCACUUGAACAAAAUGAAACAGAGGAAAAUGCUUCUAUCAGCGACAACACUUCCUGUUGCAACUGUGAGCCAGAUGUUUUCCAUCAAAAAGAUGCUGAAGAUUGCUCAGUACACAACUUUGUUAAGGAAAUCAUUGACAUGGCUUCAACAGCCCUAAAAAGUAAAUCUCAACCUGAAACCGAGGUGGCUGCUCCUACUUCAUUAACUCAAAUCAAGGAGAAAGUGUUGGAGCAUUCUCACCGGCCCAUCCAGCUGAGAAAAGGGGACUUUUAUUCCUACUUAUCUCUCUCAUCUCAUGACAGUGAUUGUGGGGAGGUCACCAAGUACAUAGAGGAGAAAAGCAACACUCCAUUGCCACUAGACACUACCGACUCUGGCUUAGAUGACAAGGAAGAUAUUGAAUGCUUCUUUGAGGCCUGUGUUGAGGAUGACUCUGAUGGCGAGGAACCUUGUUUCUCUAGCACUCCUCCAGAUGAAUCUGCAGUUCCUGAUGAAGGUGCAAUACCACGGCUAGCAACAGCAAGUUCUUCUAAGUUCAGUGAUACUUCUCCCUUAGCUGGUGAUGCAGACAUGGUGGCUCUUUCAAGUUCUCCCCCUCAGAAAGGAGCUGAUGUCGGAAAGGAAGUGGAUGGUUUACCCCAAACUUCCAAUGGCUGUGCAGAAAACUCAGAGUUUGCUCCUUCAGGGCUGGGCAGUGAAAAGGAGAGUUCAGGAAAACCAGGUGAAUUUGGAAUGCCAGAAGAACAUAAUGCUCCUUCAGCCAAAUCUAAAGUUCAAGACCUCUCCUUGAAAUCAAAUCAGCCAAAAGACAAGGCUGCAUUACAUCCCAGCCCCAAAACUUUAACCUGUGAAGAAAAUCUUCUAAACCUUCAUGAAGAACAACAUAGAAAUAUGCAUAGGUAGAAUGUACCCCCCCAAGCAUGAAAAUCAUCUCAAUGAAAGAUAAGCCUGGCUGCAACUCAGGGGUGGCCUCAUCUUCCCACCCUGGGCUGGUCUCUGGUUCUAUCAUGUUGUCACUGCCGGUUGUGACAUUGACUUCUCCCGAGAUGAAUCUUCCUUCCAAAUGCCAUUUCUCCACAUGAACCUUGUGAUCUGGAUGUGUACACUGGUUCUCUCUAGGUGAUUGUCUUUGAAGUUCAGCGAAGCUGCUUGUUCUCCCCUGGAUUCCUGUCCCAAGCUACCUCUACCAACCCUCCCUCUCCAGCCAGACUUUUCUGUUUUUCUCCUCCCCUCCCUGUCUGCUCUUUAAAGUUCUGCAGUUCACCAAUUGAUGGUCCAUUAAAUUUGCCUGUCUGGAAUGACCCCCUGCCAGUACUUGACCAAUUUCAUGUUUCAGUCUGGAUUUUUUUAUGGUAUAAUGCCUAUGUUUAUUGAAAGAGUUUUACCUAAAAACCCAACAUUUGAUUUGAUUACAGCAUAGUGAAGAAACACUGGUCCUUCUUUCAAAAUUAAGCAACUUUUAGAAGUGCCAUUUUAUUUAUUUCAUUUAAAAAAUAAUAAUCUAUGCAGCACUUCAAGAAACAGCUAUAUGGUGUUGUAUAUUAUAAACUGGUGACAUUCUAUUAAAUGAUGUAUAACAUUUUCAUUUUUUAUGCUUCUUGAGGUGGUAAUGAGAAAAAAGUUUUUUAAAAAAAGUGUGCCUUGCUGUAUUUCUUAUACCAUUUAUUAAAAAGCUGCUUUCAUGGUAAAAUUAUGUUGGUUUGAAAGGAGGAAAUAGCAAGGUUAAGAUGUGUGAAUAAUUUCUGUAUAUAUGUAUAACCAAGUACAAACACUGAUGUAUAAUGACAGUAUAAAAUGCUUUCAUGUUUGUGAUGUCUAGUGAUGUGGAAAAUAUAAGCCUUAAAUCCAUUAGAUUGCAUGGUAAUUAAAAUUGGCAUAAUAAACACAGAUUGUUGGGGGAAAAGGAAAAUUAGUGAUCUCUUCUACCUGUGUUCCUUACCAAAUUGUUGCAUUUGGUUCUGAAAAAAAUAUAGCAUGUUGCAGCUUCCCAAAUAUCUAUAUUGCUUAGGAGGCUUAAAUUUACUAAAACUAGAGAUUAGACAUGAAGACUUUACAGUUUUCAAAAUCUUUCUGGUCACCAUAAAGAUCUUGGAACAGCAAAUGAUUCAAGACUAGUUCCCCUAAGCCAAUAAAGAUUUAGAUUAGA